UCGGAGAAGGCAGGAACCAUGGUGAGUGUUGCACUGACUGAAGAGAAGCUGAGGCUGCUGUGGAAGGAAGCAGGACUGAAACCCGAAUAAGAAAGUGAGAGUUGAGUGUUAGGGGAUCACAGCACUUGCACAACCUGCAGAAGCCCAGUAGUUUCAUCUUGACAACGCAGAAUAUAAACACUAUCAGCACACUGUGGUAGAGUCAGAAGCAAGCCCAAGGAGAGGCACCAGGGAUUUCCUUCAAGUCCGUCCUUGGGGAAUGUUGACGAGCUCCUGGAAACCGCUGGCUGAGCCUUCUCCUCAUCUAGCACAAGAUGCCUGUGAUGAAGGGCCUCCUUGCUCCACAGAACACCUUCUUGGACACCAUUGCAAACCACUUUGAUGGCACUCACAGUAACUUCCUACUGGGCAACGCUCAGGGUCGUCAUGGCUACCCCAUCGUGUACUGCUCGGAUGGGUUUUGUGAGCUGACCGGCUUCGUACGGACUGAAGUGAUGCAGAAAACCUGCACAUGCAGCUUCCUCCAUGGAGCCGACACCAGUGAGAGAGUUAUCCAACAGCUACACAAGGCUCUGGAGGGCCAACAGGAGUACCAGGGAGAAGUCUGCUUCUAUAGGAAAAAUGGAAAUACAUUUUGGUGCCUCUUGGAUAUUGUGGCAAUUAAAAAUGAAAAAGGGGAGGUGGUGCUGUUCCUCUUGUCCUUCAAAGACGUCAGUGAAUCAUAUGGGAAAAGCCAUCUCUUCAGCCAAGCAGACGGUUUGUCAGAGGCUCUUCCACCACGCAGAAAAAACAAUCGUUCACACUUUUCCCAAGCUCGAGAGAGGGGGAGGACAAUUCUGAACCACCUUACCAACCAUUUCACCAAGAGGAGUAAGAGAAAACUAUCAGAUAGUGUAUUUAAGAAACCGUCUCUACCCGAGUACAAGGUGGCAGCUGUGAAGAAGUCCCGUUUCAUCCUGCUUCACUACAGCAUCUCCAAGGCCUUGUGGGACUGGCUGAUUCUACUGGCGACCUUCUACGUGGCUGUCGCUGUGCCUUAUGACAUCUGCUUCGUCAGUCAUGAUCAGGGCAGCGACUAUCACUCACUUGUCAGCCGCAGCACCCUGGGCAGUGACAUAGUGGUGGAAAUGCUCUUCAUACUUGAUAUCAUCCUGAAUUUCCGUACCACCUAUGUGAGUCAGUCAGGUCAGGUGGUGUACGACGCCCGCUCCAUCUACCUCCAUUACUGCACCACUUGGUUCUUCGUGGAUCUGAUUGCGGCGUUGCCGUUUGAUCUUCUCUAUGCUUUUAACAUCACAGUGACCUCUCUGGUGCACUUGUUGAAGACGUUUCGUCUGCUGCGUCUGCUGCGCCUCUUACAGAAACUGGAUCGCUACUCCCAGUACAGCGCCGUGGUCCUGACCCUGCUCAUGUCUGUGUUUGCUCUGCUGGCUCACUGGAUGGCCUGUGUCUGGUACGUCAUCGGACGCCAGGAAAUAGAAAGCAGUGACCCCGUUACCUGGGACAUAGGCUGGCUUCAGGAGUUGGGAAAGCGUCUUGACACCCCUUACAUCAACCGCACCAUGGGUGGCCCCUCCAUCCCUAGCGCCUACAUCGCCUCUCUCUACUUCACCCUCAGCAGCCUCACCAGUGUCGGUUUUGGCAACGUAUGUGCCAAUACAGACGCCGAGAAAAUCUUCUCCAUCUGCAUCAUGCUCAUGGGUGCACUGAUGCACGCAGUGGUCUUCGGCAACGUGACAGCCAUCAUCCAGCGCAUGUACUCGCGGCGCUCUCUCUACCACACCCGAAUGAAAGAUCUUAAGGACUUCACCCGUGUGCAUCGGCUCCCUCAGCUGCUGAAGCAGAGGAUGCUGGAAUACUUUCAGGCCACUUGGUCUGUUAACAAUGGCAUCAACGCCAAUGAGCUGCUGCAUGACUUCCCGGAUGAACUGCGAGCUGACAUCGCCAUGCACCUGAACAAAGACAUACUGCAGCUGCCCGUGUUCGAGCGAGCCAGCAGGGGGUGUCUUCGCUCCCUCUCCCUGCACAUCAAGACCUCUUUCUGUGCACCAGGGGAAUACCUCAUACGCCAAGGAGAUGCGCUACAAGCCAAUUAUUUUGUCUGCUCUGGCUCUUUGGAGGUCCUGAAAGACGGCAUGGUCCUGGCCAUCCUGGGCAAAGGCGACCUGAUUGGGGCCGAUCUGCCGGAAAACGACCAAGUGAUCAAGACCAAUGCAGACGUGAAGGCGCUGACCUACUGUGACUUGCAAUACAUCAGCGUGAGGGCUUUGAGGGAGGUCCUCAGGCUGUACCCGGAGUACGGCGGCCGGUUCAGCUCUGACAUCCAUCACAACCUCACCUACAAUCUAAGAGAGGACACUGGAUCCAACGGAGUAACAAAGUUUCCAUGGUCUUCCCGGCUCCCUCAGGUCCGUGCUUCUGUGGACCCUAAACUACCGUAUAUCGUCGAGGCAGAUGAACAAUGCCACGGUGGCGAGGACGCGAGGCAGCCUCAGCAGAGGAGCGUGCCUCUGUUACAGGGACCAGGCGGCCCUGUGAACCCGCCCUGCCUCAGCACCCUGUUGGGGGAGGAGCUGCGCCACAUCAGCGCCCUCCGCAUCUGUCGGUCGCCUGUUCAGGGGGGCGGCGGGGGCCAGAGCCCCUCCCCUCAGCCGUUCACCCAUCAGUCUCCUUUGCACAGUCUCACCGGCUCUCACCGAGACCUGAGCCGCCGGCCUGCCAAUCUGCUAAUGCCAUCCUUGUCUUGUGUUAGUCCGUUGGACCUUAGCCCCAGGGUCGUGGAUGGAAUUGAGGACAAUGGUCACUCGUUUCAAUUUAAUGUAGAGAACAGUGAGACAAAGGCGAAAGUAACAGAUCCGUUCCAUGUGAGCGCAAACUUGCUUCUGGAGACAGAGGAAGUGAGACAGAAUAUCAGCAAAUUGAACAAAGAGGUGAGCAACUUGAACCAAGAACUAUCCAACCUGACCAAAGAGCUCCAUGACAUAAUGCACUUCCUUCAGUCUCAUACGGCGCUGCUCCAAACCCCUCCUGUGUCCUCGUACUCCUGUGGCAUACAGAUGGCUCCCAGUCCUAGUGUGACUGCUUCCCGCAACUGGCAGCCCCAUGUCCCUUUAAAUAUUACCACGGGUCUGCACCUCCAUCAUGAAGCAAUCAGCCACCCUGCCAGAAAUGUGUGGGGCUGCAGUGGGAUGCCCGCCCAGGGCAGAAGUCCCACCUUGCUGCACUCUUCAAGCCCUGCAUCAUCCUGUUUACACCUGUGCUGCUCUGAGAGAGAAGCGGCCACGGCCCACAGGUUCCAGAGCCAGUGCGGCCCCUUUCAAACCUCAAGAACAGCUUCAAACUCUCCCUACAUGACCCGCUCGCACGCCCGGGGAGAUGAAUCCCUCCUCGGCCUCAGCUCUGCAUUUAGCAGCAUCCCUUGUCUGGCCCCACAUGUGCCCUACAAUGCCUCCAUCCCCACAAUGAGCAACUCUCACCCUCUGUGCUCUCCAGUUCAUUCUGGCCACUCUUAUCCGCCGCUGAGUGUUCAAACCCACUCUGAUCCGACACAUGAUCAGACCAGCUCCCAGACACCUAUCCAUUCCUCCAUCAUUUACUCUGGCCAGCCGCAGUAUCACACUGCCUUCAGCCCCCUCAUGGCUUCAGCGCACCACACUUCAACAUGCAUAGGACACAACCAGAGCCAACGGGGGUCUAUCAAUGCCCCCAGGCCAAAUGGCCCCGUAGGGUCCAGUCCUAUCCACACACAGGACCUUGCUCGUUCGCUGCUGGGCCAGGUGACGGACAGGGACUGUAGAGCUUCACUGUGGACAGAAAGUCAGGAAUCUGAAGACAUUGGCAGUACUACUCCAACUGUGGAAGUUCAAUCACCCCGCUCGGAUGUGGAGGGAACGCAGAGCCCGCAGUGAUGACCUCAGUAUCUUGUUGUGAUAUUGUAAGAGUUAAUGCACAAUGGGCCGGUCAUUAUUGUGAAAUAAACCGCGUCAGGCAGUAAGUCAGUUAGGGCACCAAAAGCGAGCGUACUGUAUAUUAACCUAUACUUGUUACACAUGUACUGCAGAAAUCAUCAUCAUCAUUUCAAACAACAGAUAAUUUAGAAGUAAUUUUAUUGCUGGUAAAAAAAUAGUCCUUUGUGUGCACGGAGAUCAGAGAUGUGUCCAUAGCAACAAUCUAUUAUCCCAUGCAGCGAUGUAUAUGCUAACAAACAUAUUAUAUGGAUCCCUAACUGAUCAAUCAAAUAUGCUAUUCAACAAAGCCGUGUGUUAAUCUAGGAUAAUGAUGACUUAAUUGUACCCUGAAAAUGGCAAUCUGAGAGAUUUUCAUUUAAAUUAAGUCACUAUCCAUCACUGAAUAAAGUAACACAUUGGUAAUUGAGCCA